AUGCGCCGCUCCCCUUUCCCUGGGCCGCCACCUCCCUACAGGCUGGAGUGGGCGGGGCCUGUGAUUCUGGAAGCGGCGCCGCAGACGGGGGAGGAGGGCGUGUCUGCGCGAGGCGGGUGUGCGGGGCUGGCGAGUCGGUCGGCUGCUGAGGCUGAGGGGCGGAGCAGAAGGCGGCAGCCGCGGCUCCCGCCCGCACAGAGCGCCGGUCCCGCGAAGCCCCCUCCCACUCCUGGGCGGGCGGCGGCGGCUGCAGAAGGAGGAGAAAGAGGAGGGAGCGUCUCUGCCACCGCCUCCUGGUCCCCAGCGCCGAUCAGCCGCCGCCACCUCCCUCCGCGACGAUCCUCCCUCCAUGGUCCUGCCGCGGCCGCCUCUAUAGUCCGAGCUGCUCCGCGACGCGACGGAGCCGGUCUCGGACAGAGGGAGCGGUCGCGGCCUCGCAGCCCGCGCGGGCUGACGAGCCGAGAGAGCGGGACGCCGCGCGGUCCCCGAGGAUUCGCACGCCGGGCAGCGCGGCCCGAGCAGCGCGAGGAGCAGCGGGCGGGCGGGCGGCGCCGGGCCCGGGCCGCCCUCGCUCCCGCGCCCCGGCCCCGCCGCCCGCGCCGGGGCGGUAGCCCGCAGAGGAAGGCGCCGCAGUCUCUGGGCCUCGCGGCCCCACUCGAGCGUCCUCGGCGCCGAGGGCUCGCGGGUCCUGAGGGGAGGAGGCGAGCCCGGGGCUGGGCACUGAGCUCUUGGGCGCCCCCACCCCCGUUUUCGAAGCCCUCCACGCUGCGGCCGCUAUCCCCUCCGGACCAUGGCCGACGACGACGUGCUGUUCGAGGAUGUGUACGAGCUGUGCGAGGUGAUCGGCAAGGGUCCCUUCAGUGUUGUACGACGAUGUAUCAACAGAGAAACUGGACAACAAUUUGCUGUAAAAAUUGUUGAUGUAGCCAAGUUCACAUCAAGUCCAGGGUUAAGUACAGAAGAUCUAAAGCGGGAAGCCAGUAUCUGUCAUAUGCUGAAACAUCCACACAUUGUAGAGUUAUUGGAGACAUAUAGCUCAGAUGGAAUGCUUUACAUGGUUUUCGAAUUUAUGGAUGGAGCAGAUCUGUGUUUUGAAAUCGUAAAGCGAGCUGACGCUGGUUUUGUGUACAGUGAAGCUGUAGCCAGCCAUUACAUGAGACAGAUACUGGAAGCUCUACGCUACUGUCAUGACAAUAACAUAAUUCACAGGGAUGUGAAG